GAACCGUUAGCUUUCCUCCCGUGUGUCUGAGCACGAAGUGUGUGAGCUGUGUCAGUAACAAUGCCUUCAGUUCAGUAUCUGAGAGAGUUUAUCAACGAGCGACUAACUGCUGCUGCUGAACAAAUAUUCUUGGAGUUUGAAAAAACGAUCGUCCAGUACGAGGAAGAGAUCGACCGUCAGCGCAGACUGCUGGAUAUCACCUGGAAACCGGAAAUCAAGCUGCACAGGACAGACGUCCCACAGCAGCCUGUCUGUAAGGAGGAGGAGGAGGAGGAGGUUCUCCCUGAGCAGCAGCUCUGGAACCAGGAGAGGAGCUCCAGUGUGGAGGAACCAGAAGCUCCACAGAUUAAAGAGGAAGAGGAGGAACUGUGCAGCAGUCAGGAGGGAGAGCAGCUGGGACUGAAGGAGGAGACGGAUACCUUCAUGGUGACUGUUGCUGAGGAAGGAGAGCACAGUGAACCAGAAGCAAACACUGACCAGCUCCCCUCUCACAGCUCUGACACUUUUAUGUUUCUUCAGUCCAAAUCUAAAGAAAUAUUUGAAGUUAUUAAUAAUUCUAUCCAGUACGAGGAAGAGAACGACCAUCAGCACAGACUCAUGGAUAUCAGCUGGAAACCCAAAAUACAGCUUCACAUUACAGAUGUCCCACAGCAGCCUGUCUGUGAGGAGGAGGAGGUUCUCCCUGAACAGCAGCUCUGGAAGCAGAAAAGGAGCUCCAGUGUGGACCAGGAGGAACCAGAACCAGAGGGAGAGCAGCUUGGACUGAAGGGGGAGGCUGAUACCUUUGUGGUGACUGCUGCUGAGGAAGAAGACCACAAUGACCCAGAAGCAAACACUGACCAGCUUCUUUAUCACAACUGUCCUAUAAAUGAGAGCCAAAAUCAUGAAGGAAGCUGGAAUUUAGAUUCAGGGACAAAUAGUAACUCAGAGGGUCGGUGUAACUCUGACACAGGUAAAAAGUCCUUAACAUGUGAUUUUUGUGGAAAAUCCUUUAAGAAUAAGUACAACAUGAAUCAACAUCACAGAAUCCACACAGGUGAGAAGCCGUAUUCUUGUGAAACAUGUGGGAAAGGUUUUUAUGUGUCAUCAUCUCUUAAAAGCCAUAAGACUACCCAUACAGGUGAGAAACCAUAUUCUUGUAAAACAUGUGGGAAAAGCUUCACACAGAGGGGUAGUUUGACUAUACACAUGAGAACGCACACAGGUGAGAAGCCGUAUCAUUGUAAAACGUGCAGGAAAAUAUUCACAUGUAGCAGUCAUUUAUCAGUGCACAUAAGAACACACACAGGUGAGAAACCAUACUGUUGUAAAACAUGCGGGAAAAUGUUCACAUACAGAAGUCAGCUGUUCGGGCACAUAAGAACGCACACUGGUGAGAAACCGUAUCAUUGCAAAACAUGCGGGAAAAUGUUCACAUAUAACAGUCAUUUGUGGCGUCACAUGAAAACUCACACAGGUGAGAAACCAUAAUGUUAUACAAAAUGCGGAAGAAUGUUCACAUACAGAAGUGUCUGUUUGGACAUAGAAGAACUCACACUGUUAUAUCAAGCGUAUCAUUUUCAGAAAUUGUAGUCUUGAAACAUUUGGAGAGAAGCCAAGCGUGAAAGAAGAUUGGUGGACUUAUACGUGUUCACAGGAGAGCUUUCAGAGUUCAAAUAUCUUUAGACUGUGUUCCGACAAGCAUCAUUUAUUGCAUGAUUAUUAUGUAUAAAGCAGAGUUUCAUCUAAUAUGUUCUCAUCUAAUUCUUCAGUGAAAAUAUGGUGACUCUUAAAAAAAUUAAUUUUAGUUUUGGUUUUAUUUAUUGAUAUACAGUCUUUAUUUACAGGGGGAUUGAAACUCAGUUUGUAUAUUAAGUUUUGUAUUUGCUGUCUAUUAGUGGAUAACCAAUGACUGUUGCUGGUUGGUGUCUUGUGAUGUAAAACUGCAUUCGAGCUAUUUGUUUUUUAAUAAAUAGAAAAUCUUGAUGUUUUUUAUUUUAUUUUGUUUUUUAUAUUUGAAGCUAUUCAGUUUAUUUGGUUCAUAAUACCUUUGGGUAUUUAGUUCAUUUAGACUGACUUUGUUUUUUUGUGUUUUAUCUGCAUAGCAGUAACUAAUGACAGUAAUAAAGUAGAAAGUUUCGAGGGGAUGAUUGUUUCCCUUGGACUCCUCCAGCCUGCAGCAAAGACCUCGUUCCUAUAGCUGCACAUAUGUUUCUCUGCUUGAGAGCACAGUGUGAGGCAAAGAUGUUUUCCUGCGUCAUGGGGACCUGCCAGAGCUGAGGAAGGCUGGUUUGAGCUCAUCUUUCAUUCAGCACCGCUUUAAAAGGUCAAAGAGGGUUUUAAGCAGAGUAGAAUAAGAUGGAAUAGGGAUAAAUGAAGAUAACGGUUUACUUCAAUUUUACC